AUGCUCAAAGUUAUCCGUACCACAGGUCUGAAGUGCUUGAUCACCCUAUUCCGCAAUGCACAGGACUUCAACUGGUCGCUUUACUCGGAGCCCAUCGUCAACGAGGCCGUCACUCCUAGGAUUGAAAAGCUUCCCAUCGAGACAGCUCAGUCGGUCUCCAGCAUCAUGCAGCUUCUGUCAACUUGGUCUCAGCUCCCCAAGGCCGCGCUGUUCAUCUCAAUCAACGACCAGAUCUUGCCAAAGGUCAUCGAGUGUGUGUCUGUGCCUAAGGGCAAGGAGAAUGUCAAGGUCUUCGCCUUGAGCAUCGUCCGCAACCUUGUCAAGCUGGCGCAGGCUCCUGCUGAGGAGUCUGAGUUCAAUGAGCUCAUUCGGACUGAACUCCUUGAUGCCAACAUGGAGCUGAUGCUGAAGACCAUCACCACCACGCUAGAGACGCAGACCAUGGGCAACGAGCUGCUUGAGGCUUGCAUCGAGACCAUCGUGGAGUUGUCACCUCUUGUCGAAACCUCUGCCAAUGUGCACGAGACUCUCAAGAUUGCCACAUUCCUUCUCAACCAGCCGCCUAGAAGAGUAAACCCUAGAGCCAAGGGCAAAAUUCUACUCAUUCUCGAGCGCUUCAUCACCAUCCUUGGCUCUGAAGAGGCGGAGGAGAAGACUGCUGACAUUGCUAUCUUCGAGACUCUGUCUUCCCUCUUCAGUUACUUCAAGGACAGAGAUAACAGACAAGCCCUGGCCCGUGUUCUUGCCGCCCUCGCAGAAAAGGACAACACACUUCAGGAAGUUGCCGAAAUUUGCAGUGAACUCAAUUCUUUCGCGAAGGACCGCAUUGAUGAGCCGGACUACGACAAGCGGCUGGUGGCAUUCACUCGGAUCACAAACAAGGAAACCCCCUUCACUGUCAAGCAAUGGCUCCCUUUGCUUCACAACCUGAUUUACUACAUCCGUUCGGAUGAAGAGUAUGGUAUUCUGGCAUCGAACUCUGCAGACUGUCUGCGCAAGUUCAUCAGAGAGGUGGCCUCCUGCGCUGAUCAGGCUGCAAAGACCGGCUUCGAAUCUCACCUGAAGACCAUCCUGUUACCUUCCAUCUAUACUGGAGCCCGGGAGGAAUCCGCCACUGUCAGGCGGGAGUACCUUAGAGUGUUCGGCUAUCUUCUCUCACAAAUGCCCACGUGGGAGCUUGUCGCAGACAUGAAGGGGCUCUUGACUGGCGAGGUUGCCGAGGAGACGUCCGAAUUGCCCUUCUUCUUCAACAUCCUCAGCCCUGCAACCUCACGACAGCUGGAAGCCAUCCGCAUGCUCGACACUGUCAAUGACAGCUCGGAGAUUGGCAGCCAGAACCUCAGCCAGUUCUUCAUCCCUCUUCUCGAGCACUUUAUCUUUGGUCGCGCAGAGGGAAGUGAUGACCAGGGCUUGGGUGCUCAAGCAACGAUCACGAUUGGCAACCUGGCACAGUCUCUGGAUUGGAAGCACUACCGCGUCAUUUUACAGAGGUACAUCAGCUACGUCGAGUCCAAGCCAGACAACCAAAAGCAGGUUAUUCGACUACUUGCCAAGUUCUGCGAUGCCCUCAUAUUUGCUGUUGAACAGAAGGGCGCCGAGCCAAUGCAGGUGGACAACUCAGAGAUGACCUCGCCUUCCGUCAAGAGACUAGUUCUCACGAUACCCACGCAAGACAAGCUCAGCAAGGAUGUCAAUAACCUAUUCCUGCCUUCGUUGAUCAAGCAUCUGCACGAGAAAGAUGAGUCCGAGGUCAGUUACCGUGUACCGGUCGGUGUCAUCAUCGUUAAGCUUCUCAAGCUUCUGCCGUCCGAAGAGAUGGGCCAGAAGCUUGCUGGUGUACUCACCGACAUCUGCCACAUUCUGCGCAGCAAAUCUUGGGAUGCUCGUGAGAUGGCCAGAGACACUCUCGUCCAGAUUGCGUCGGUGCUGGGUCCUACUUACUUUGGGUUCAUCCUGAAAGAGUUGCGUGGUGCUCUCAAGAGAGGUUACCAACUCCACGUCAUGUCCUACACCCUUCACUCGAUGCUUCUCAAAGUCAUUCCGGAAUUCCAGCAGGGCGACCUCGAUUACACUCUGCGAUCUAUUGUCUCAAUCAUCAUUGACGACAUUUUUGGUGUUACUGGUCAAGAAAAGGACGCCGAAGGUUACAUCAGCGAAAUGAAGGAAGUGAAGGCAAGCAAGAGUCAGGAUUCUAUGGAGCUCAUUGCCAAGUCAGCCUCCAUCAGCCAACUCGUCGUUCUCGUCCACCCCCUGCAGUCUCUUCUCAUGCAGAAGGUUGACCUCAAGCUGGUUCGCAAAAUCGACACAUUGUUAGCAAGAAUCACCGCCGGUCUUUUGCAGAACCCUGCAUCGGAAAGCCGGGACACUUUGAUUUUCUGUUACGAAGUUAUCCAGGAGGUCUAUAAGAACCAGAAGCCCGAGGUGCAGCCAAAGAUCGACUACCGUCUGAAGAAGUACCUUUACCAGAAGGGCGUCAAGAAGGAUAACCACGGUACCGCCGGCAAGUACACAUUCAAGCUGGUCAAGUUCGCCUUCGAUAUCCUGCGGUCUGUUUGGAAGAAGUACGAUAGCCUGCGCACCGCAGCGAAUAUUGCCGGUUUUGUUCCCAUUCUCGGUGACGCUAUUGUGGGCGGCGAGGACGAUGUUAAGACUGCGGCUUUCAGGCUUCUCACGGUCCUGGCUAAGGUUCCUUUCAAUAACGACGACGAUGUUCAGUUGUACAAGGUUGCGGCCAAAGAGGCGACGAAGAGCAUCUCAAUGUCAACUUCGACCACGACCGAGCUUUCGCAGGCUGCUCUGAAGCUGCUCUCGGUUGUCCUGCGCGAGCGCAAGGAUAUUCCUGUCAAGGACGCAGCAAUUGACAUGCUGCUAGGCAAGCUGAAGGACGAUCUGACAGAGACUCUCUACCGCCACGUCACCUUCAACUUCCUCCGCUCCGUGCUUGAGCGCAAGAUUGAGACUGCAGUCGUCUACGACACACUCGACUACGUAGGCACUGUCAUGAUCACCAACGACGACAAGGAUACCCGAGACCUGGCAAGAGGAGCGUUCUUCCAAUUCCUCAAGGACUACCCCCAGAGGAAGGCUCGCUGGGUGAAGCAGCUCAACUUUGUUGUCGCCAACUUGACCUACGAGCGUGAGGGCGGCCGUCUCUCCGUUAUGGAGGUCGUUCAUCUCCUGCUCAUGAAGUCCGCGGAUGAUUUUGUUCAAGAGGUCAUCUCAACCUGCUUCUUGCCUCUUGUCAUGGUACUAGCCAACGAUGACAGCGAGAAGUGCUGCCUUGCUGCGGGCGAGCUUGUCAAGGAAAUGUUCCGCAAGGCCGACAAGGAGAGGACGCAGAACUUCAUGACUCUUCUCCGGUCGUGGCUUGAGCAGGAGGACAACGCUGCGGUCACGAAGUUAUCUCUGCAAGCCUUUGGCUUCUUCUUUGAGGCCAAGGAGCCGUCAUCCAAGCACAAGAAGGAGUUGGAGCUGGUUCUCGGCAAGAUUGGCGAGAUUGUCGGAACCGGCGACAUCCGCGUCGCUGAUGAAGACCUCAUCAAUACCGUUCUCCAUGAUGUUCAAGUUCUUACGGAGAAGUACCCAGCAAGACUGCUGUCUUCUGAAUCCAAGGAGCUUUGGGGAGAUGUCCGCGGCUGCCUGGUUCACCCCGAGAACUCGGUCAAACUGAGCACUACCAAGGUGUUGAGCACGUUCCUCGCUGACUAUGCUGGCAAAUCCAACAAGUCGGGCGAAGCACUAAAGGGAUCGCAUGGCCUGGACCUUGAGGUUGAGGACCUCGAGGAGCUUGUCAGACUGACCCUGUACGCCCUAAGAACCCCCGAGAUCGACGACGCCCUUGCCGCGGAGAUCACGCAAAUCCUCAUCUUCCUUGGCCCCCGUCUGCCCGUCAAGGUACAGAGCGUACCGGAAGCAGAGACUCUGGGAGAUCGCGAUGAAACCGCAGCAGAGGAGGACAGGAUCGACGAACAUCGCAAGGAUCUCCAGUACCUGUUCUGGAAGCUCUCCUCGAUCCUGCGCAAGGAUGUCCGCCCCAAGUCUACCGCCAUAACGCCUAAGACAGUCGCCAUGGAGGUGUUGGAGACCAUUUGCCGCCGUGUGCCCCAGGAGAACCUCGAGCCCUCGUUCAAGACCAUACUCUACCCGCUGCAGAACCUUACGGACCCCAACAUCCCCGUACCCUUCUCGACGGACGACCUCUUCAAGACUCGGCUCGAAACGCUCAAGACAAGGGCGCAGAUCCUCAUGGACUCGCUGCAGAAGAAGUUUGGCACCGCCGAGUACACCAAGCAGCUACUGGCCAUUAGGGAGGAGGUGCGGACACGAAGACAGCAGAGGUCGAGCAAGCGUAAGAUCGAGGCCAUUGCGCAACCGGAGAAGUACGGCAGGGACAAGAGAAAGAAGACGGAGAAGAAGAAGGAGAGGAAGAAGGUCAGGAGCCACGAGCACAAACAGCUCCGACAGGCGUACAAGGGGUGGUAA